AUUGACAGCGCGAGCCGCAUUUGGACGCUAAUGCUUUUUUUGGGACGUUUAGCUUAGCUUAGCUACAGCGUGAAAAGCGAGGAUAUAUUUAUUUUUUUUAAAAUAAAUUAGUGUCAUUUAAUUCAGACAUUCGACGCGAACUGCUUUGUGACGCAAAGUGGAAAGAGCAGGCUUCUGUAAGAUCCCGCCCCUGCAUAGGAUUGGUUAACAGUACCCGGCUAGUCUUUCUACUAUUGGCUGGUGGCGUUAAUGUCGUUCACGAGUUGAGCGCUGAUUGGGCAGAAUCCCUGUGCAGGAGGAUUUGUCGGAAGACGAGGGGGGGAAAGAAAAAUAACGCCAGCUCCUUGGUGUAAAAACAGUUGUUCGAACCCUUCAGCCUUUGCAGGAAGUAAAGCUGGCUGCCAUGGAUGAGCAGAGCGUUGAGAGUAUAGCAGAGGUGUUUCGCUGCUUCAUUUGUAUGGAGAAGCUGCGAGAUGCUCGUCUCUGCCCACACUGCUCCAAACUCUGCUGCUUCAGCUGUAUACGGCGCUGGCUGACGGAGCAGAGAGCACAGUGUCCACACUGCCGGGCUCCCUUACAGCUGCGUGAGCUGGUGAACUGUCGCUGGGCAGAGGAGGUCACGCAGCAGCUGGACACACUGCAGCUCUGCAAUCUCUCCAAACAUGAAGAGAACGACAAAGACAAAUGUGAAAACCACCAUGAGAAGCUGAGUGUGUUCUGCUGGACCUGUAAGAAAUGCAUCUGUCAUCAGUGUGCACUGUGGGGAGGAAUGCAUGGAGGACACACGUUUAAGCCACUGGCUGAGAUUUACGAGCAGCAUGUUAACAAGGUCAACGAGGAGGUGGCCAAACUUCGACGCCGUCUCAUGGAGCUCAUCAGCCUUGUUCAGGAAGUGGAGAAGAAUGUUGAGGCAGUGCGAGGGGCAAAGGAUGAGCGAGUGAGGGAGAUCAGAAAUGCUGUAGAGAUGAUGAUCGCACGUUUGGACAAUCAGCUCAAGAACAAACUCAUCACACUCAUGGGACAGAAGACGUCCCUCACACAGGAGACAGAGCUGCUUGAGUCUCUGCUGCAGGAAGUGGAGCAUCAGCUGCGCUCAUGCAGUAAGAGUGAACUGAUCUUGAAGAGCCCAGAGAUCCUGCUCAUGUUCCAGCAAGUCCACAGGAAGCCCAUGCAGUCCUUCGUCACCACACCUGUACCACCUGACUUCACCAGUGAACUGGUUCCUGCUUAUGACUCAAGCACUUUUGUUCUGGCAAACUUCAGCACACUGAGACAGAGAGCAGACCCUGUGUACAGCCCCCCUCUCCAGGUGUCAGGACUGUGCUGGAGGCUGAAGGUUUACCCUGACGGGAAUGGUGUCGUUCGGGGAAAUUACCUUUCUGUUUUUCUGGAGCUGUCGGCCGGCCUGCCCGAGACUUCCAAGUAUGAGUACCGUGUGGAGAUGGUGCACCAGGCUUCCAAUGACCCGACUAAGAACAUCAUCCGAGAGUUUGCGUCAGACUUUGAGGUGGGCGAGUGCUGGGGCUACAACCGCUUCUUCAGACUGGAUCUGCUCGCUAGCGAAGGUUACCUCAACAUGCAGACUGACACACUCAUUCUGAGGUAUCAGGUGCGCUCACCUACCUUCUUCCAGAAGUGUCGUGAUCAGUAUUGGUACAUCAGCCAGCUGGAGGCGGCACAGUCUAGCUACAUCCAACAGAUCAACAAUCUGAAGGAGAGGCUGGCCAUUGAACUUUUCCGACGGAGGAAUUCUCGGAGCUCGUCCCCACCAGAUCACCGCAUGUGCCAGCCCACAUCCAGCACUGGUGCACCGUCGGGCCGAGACUCUCGCCCUGGGAAGAGUGCUACAGUGGAGGACGGGUCGCUGGUGAACGGGGAGCAGACAAAGGAGGAGGAAGAGGAGGAGGAAGAGGAAAAGACUCAGCAUGAUGACUCUAAUGAGCUGUCAGACGGUGACCUGGAGGUGGACUGUCUGACUGGAGACGAGGACGUGAACCCUCUGGACGGCAGCAGCACCUCCGGCAGCUCCACAGCCACCAGCAACACUGAGGAGAACGACAUUGAUGAGGAGAACAUGUCUGGAGAGAAUGAUGUGGAGUACAGCGGGAUCAUGGAACUGGAAGAAGGAGAAAUUUCUUAUGAGGUCAUAGGAGCCACAGGAGGCUCCAGUGCAGGAAUCUGGGGUUCGAGGAGGAACACAGCAGGAGCCACAGCCAGUCUGCUGGAGAUCGACCCGGUCAUCCUCAUCCAGCUACUGGACUUGAAAGAGGACAGCCAUGUGGAGUCUCUGUGGGGAAUCCAGCCCCGGCCGCCCGCCUCACUGAUUCCCAGCCAGGCGGCAUUGGUUUCGGCCCGUAAAGAGCGAGAGCGUCGUUCUCAGGCUGUGCGCCGCUCUGCCCCAGACUCGGCCGUCCUGACCCGCCUCAAGGCCCAGAUGGCGGAGGUUCGCAGCAAGAUGGUGGAUAUGAAGGGACAGUUAGAGGCCCGUGCCGGUGUCUCUGAUGCUCGCGUUGCUCCUUUGUGCUCUGUUCUGGAUCACAACGCCUCAACCGACCCAGAAACGGCAGCAAGACGCAAACCACGAGAACUGGAUCUGCUGUUCAAAGCUCCUGGGGCGAACAGACACGGCCGCCAUGGUGGCAAGAAAGUUGUCCCUGCUAAGCAGGAAGUGGGAGGAGCAAUGGGAGGAGUCUCUCUGCGCCGAACUGGCGACGCCAAUGAGUUGAGAGGAGCAGCAGGAGACUCUCUCGAGCCAUCACUGUGCCCUAGAGAGGGACCUUCUACUACAGAAGGUUCAGUGAAAGCUCUGAAUACACACACUUCCCCUCCGGCUAGCUCCAGUUCCUCUGAGAACCACCCCAAACCAGACGACUCUCUGUUCAGGUCCCCUGGGAGUGACCUGUUCAGUCUGCCCUCUCUGAGCACAGCGCCCCCUGCAGGCAGCAAACAGCGCAGGGCCACCUGCAGCACUGCUUCACUGCUGAGUGACACGUCAUUAGAUUUUGAGCAUGACCAUGCUGGAGACAUCCUAACACUGAGUCGCACAGAGUCUGCAUCUUCUUCUUCACACCCAAAUGAAGGGUUCCUGUGUCAGAAGCCAUCUACACACUUGUUGCCUGGUACAAGCAGUGACAGUGAGGUGGAAUGUGAUACUGAGUACACGAACGAGAAUAUGGAGGAAACUGUAGUUUUUGAGGAUCAAGAGGUUCUUCCUCUGCCCUGCUCAGGAGAGCAGCUGAUCCCGGAUGAUAUGAGCUUUGUGACCGAGGAGACCACUGAGAGGUGAUCAUCAGACUCCAGAUUGAAUGUGUGUGAAAGCGAGUGUGGUGGGGGUGGGGUGGGGG